AUGUCUCUCUUUGGCGGAACCCAGCCUCAGGCUAACACAUCCAUGUUCGGCAACACGGCACCGAAGCCAUCUCUCUUUGGCGCCCCGGCAACUACAACCCAGUCCAACACCAGUACACUGUUCGGCGGAGGGCAGACCCAACAGCCUGCAUCAACAGCAACCGGUGCAUUUGGCGCGAGCGCGUUCGGCGGCGGCGCAAGUGCCGCACCACAGCAGCAAGCAGGAUCGAUGUUCGGAAAUCCGGAGAAGGCCCAGAACUCCUUCGGCUCAGGUGCUUUGGGGCAGCCGCAGCAGCAACAGCAAGGAAGCGCAUUCGGCUCCUCGCUACAGAAACCGCAAGGUAGCCUUUUCUCCGGAGGCCAGCAGCAAUCACAGCAACCCGCGGGUGGAUUAGGAGGCCUCGGAGGUCUCGGUGCCAACACUCAACAAUCAAAUGCCUUCGGUCAGCAGCAAUCGCAAUUCGGCCAGACCACGAUGACAACACCACAGCCCCAGCAGCAACAGCCUUCUCUGUCGUCAAGCCUGUGGUCCCCCGGCCGUGCUAUUACUGGGGUGCACCGAACUGUUCCUAUGCAAGUAGCCAUCAUCAAGGAUAAAUGGGAUCCUCCCAGCCAAAGCUCGCCAUUCCGAGCCUACCUGUACAACAAUGUCGGCGAGGAGGCCGCGCCUUUCUACCAACCGGGUCCCGAGGACGAUGAGUCAAAAUGGGAAGAGGCUUUGCGCAAGCGACCAGGUCCAGGAUAUGUUCCUGUUCUUGUCAAGGGCUUCUGGGAUCUCGGUAAACGCGCGCAGCGACAAAGGGAUUUCCUCACUAUGAUGCAGUCGCGCCUGCAUGAGAUCAACAAUUGCUUGACCGGACUCCUCUCGAAGCAUGAUCUCAACCUCUCCGUCAAGAUCGCUGACUGCCGGCGGAAGCACAUUAUUCUGAGCAAACGAUGCCUCGCUCUUGCCGCUAAGACGCAGAUUCUUCGCAACAGAGGAUAUGCCAUGGAUGAAGCGGAGGAACAGUUGAAGAAGAAGCUUGUUGAAUUGGAACGUGCCGUUUUCGACCCGUCCCUCAAUGGUCGUGCCGAAGAAAUCUGGGCCCGUAUGUUGGCCAUUCACGAACACUCUAAGCGACUGCAAGUGGAGAUGGAUCGUGCCGGAGUAAACGUGACACAAGCGGAGGAUGACAUUGAUGAGCAGACCUUGAAGACAGCAAAGAAGAUUCUGGACGAUUACCACUCUCAGAUUCAGCAUCUCCAGAAGGAGAUGGAGUCCAUCAAGAAGGACUUCAGCGAGGUGGAGAAAGCGAUUGGGAAUUGA